CCAAGACAAGCAUCCAUCUCCGAUCUUGGACACAUAAAACAUUUUAUUCGUCCCAGCUCUGAUCAACCAGCGUGUACUUAAUUUAUCUCCAAGACUACGUAUAUGAACAUGUGGCCAGCAGUCGCGGUAGCAGCUGUCACACAGCUCCAGCUGAGAGUGGAUAUGCAAAUGCCAUAUUCUGUCCCCACCCAUUUGUUAGUUUGCUAGCCAAGGCAGAGAUACAGCGCUAAAUUACGGGACUUUACAUCAAACUUUGCUUCGUUACCGCGUAAAUAGGAUAUUUUUGAUUUCCCGCGCGUUGUUUACGAGUUAAAAACUGCAAACGCGUUCCUGCAUUUCUCAGGUGUCGUUCAGAAAAAAAAAACUCCAAGGAUGAAAUACAUUCCGUUCUUUUAAAGCAUGCUCCAUAAUUCACAUUCCAUUCAAGGCAUGUAAUAUAUGACCAGGAAUACUUGCUGAUUGUCUAUAUACUUACAAUGGAGACCAAGGCAGAGGAUGUGGAGAGGCCCAGUGGCAGCUUAUCCUGUUCUGAUAGGUGCAGAGUCGUUCUCAAGCUUGUCAUAGGAAUCCUGGUGUCAUUGCUGAUGACGUCAUCACUAGUCUUGAACAAACUGUCCUUAGUUUGGCUGCUGGGAGGGACGCAUAUCAACAACCUCCGCCUGGAAACAUGGUAUGCGGCUUUUGCUCUUGUCUUGCUAUAUCCAGAAUUAUUUGCGCUGAUAAAAGUUUUCUGGAACACCUCCUUCAUUAAGAAGACCAAGACUCACCAGUGGCCCAGUGGGAUAGCCCUGUUUGUGGGCUUCCUCGUGAGUUUUUCUGAGGUGGCCAGCUUUAUGGUGUUUACGCUAGAAGUCGCCCCACGUCUUCCGAUCCAGGUUCUACUUCCGGUAAUGAGCGCAGUGUUCGCCGUGGGAUUGUGCUAUGAGCAAUGGGAGGGAUACCGCGCUAUGAAUGCCCGAAACCAGGCAGUUAAAUACGACGGCAAUUUUACCAUGGCCAAACCCGAGGGUCUCCAGGAAAGGGAGUCCCCUCACACAUACGAAGCCAACUGGAAGCGCGUGUUAAAAACCGUGAUAGGAUUCAGCGGGGUGUGGUCUACAUGUGCCAUAGCAGGAAUCGUGGCUCUGACGUCAGCGUUACCAUGGUUCCAAGCGCUUUGCUUGCCGACGUGUUUGCUCAUACUGUCCUUGGCUUGGAGCCCAAAGGUGCAAGUUUAUAUCGUUAAGUCCCACGAGGACACUUUUCUAGGACGCUGGAAGGCGACCGCUUUGUAUACUGUCUUUAAGAUCAUUAUACUGAUCGUCGGUUUUAGCAUUAUAAUGGUGAUAAGAAUGCGCGAGAGCGUGAUACUCAACGCUAAUUUCUACGUGAAACUAACUGACGGGCUAUAUGGAUGUUAUGAACCGGUUGUGUUCUACCCGCUCUUGAUCCAUUUCUCCAGCACAGCUGUGGCACAUGUCAUGUCAUUCGUAGCCACCACCCUUUGUAUGCCCAUAUUAGGGAUGACUCUGCCCUCCAUCAUAGCCACGCCCCUUGCCAUACUUCUGGGGAUCUUGGUGUGCUCUGCAAGUAGAGGAGUGCUCGAUCCAUUAAUCUGUACCACCGGCGGUCUCUGGGUGUGGUGUGCUUUUGGUCUUGCCGCCAUGGCGUGGCUUGCUCCGUUGUUAAUCAAAGGCAAGGAUUUGAACCGAAACUCGGGAAUUUUGCUAAAGCCCAUGGAGGAACUUUUCAUCCAGCCCACUUUCAACAGUGUCUUUUUAGACCAACAUUUCAUACUGAACUAUAAGUAUGAUGGCUUCACGUGUAAGGCGCAUGUGACAGACCCCGCGCGCGCAGAGAAAAGUCGCGUGUUUAUCUGUACGACAAUGUACAGAGAAGCGGAGUUUGAAAUGGCAAGACUUUUAUCCAGCCUUCACAAAAUCUCCGCCACAGAGAAACUGAAGCAUGUAUACCUAGAGGCCCAUAUCUUUCUUGACAACGGCGUCUCCGACAAUCACGUGACCGAAUUCGCAACGCAGAUGAUUUCACUGUUGCAUUCAAAGAUGGAGGUCAGUCUUCACCAAGGCAACGAACUUUUAACUCCUUACGGACUCCAAUUAAACUGGGUUCUUCCAGGCGGGAUGCCUUUCUUCAUCCACCUGAAAGACUCUACGAAAGUAAAAUCAAAGAAAAGGUGGAGCCAGGUUAUGUACAUGGCUUAUAUUUUGAACUAUAGACUAAUGAGAGAUAUUUCCAAGGAUAUCGCUCAGGGCCUAAUUAAAGGAAAGCACAACAAUGCCGACGACUCUCUGUACGUGGGUUACGCCAGCGACCAGGAAUGGCGCACCAACACGGCUACCUUAACUAAAAACAGCGACGACAGCGACACUAACGCCGAACCCGAAGAGGAAUUCGCGACAAUCAACAACCCGUCAACUCCAUAUUAUCUUCGUGAGAACAAACGCUACCUAAAAACUAUGCUGGAUAGGAACCCGGAUCUGAAGCAUUUUACAGAGCCCCGAGACAGUUCUGACCAAGGUUUCUUCACUGGUGUGGACGACGAUGAGGUUGAUGACGAUUCAGAUUCGGACAGCAGCGACGGGCACACUCCUCCGCGAAGCUUACGCUUCCAAGACGACACCGAACCGUGGCCAGAUUACGAAGGUGACACCUCGUCCUGCGCUGACGCUUCCUUCGUGGGCGGGAUGAUGCCACCAAUCAAAAUUGUGGACGCCGACGGAAACGAAACUUACGAAUACAGUGAAACCUUCUUAGAUAAUUCUGUCACCGUGUUGAGACUUUCCUCCACGAAUCUAGCUAGACCAGUGGGGCCACCACCCCCUCCUCCACCGCAAAAGUUCCCGGCUUCUUCUAACCGGUCGUGGAACUACCCCGAAGUUCCUGCACGCUCUCAAGGCCGAAAAAUAAGCAGUAAAAUGUUGAAGGCGAGACGCCCGGUAAAUCACCAGGAUUCCAGAGCGCAGUUAAUUCGCCAAGAUUCAGCCAUAACGUCAGAGGAGACGGGUCACGUGAACCUCGGCUACGAAGACGAGACUGACACAGAGGCAAUUCCAAAGGUGGAAAAUAUUAAACCAAAGACCGUGUUUAGUAUAUCUAAGAAAACGGUGCCGUCAAUGCGAACUCCACAACUGGGCCGCAUGCCUCUUGACGACCACACUUACAUCUUGGCCACGGAUGCCGACAUGGCGUUUAAUGAAGAUAGUCUCAUUGACCUCCUGAAACUUUGCAACCACGACCGUCGGCUCGGUGGCGCUUGCGGCAGGACGCAUCCCAUCGGCCAGUCGACCGGUCCCUUGGUUUGGUAUCAAAAGUUUGAAUAUGCAAAAGAUUUUUGGAUGAUAAAAAGUUCCCAGAAUGUUAUCGGCUCCGUGAUGUGUUGUCCCGGCUGCUUUAGUCUUUACCGCGCAAGCGCUGUGCGUGACGUCAUUCCCCACUACGCAGGACCAACAGAGCAGCCAUUUGAUGUCUUUAUCAAGGACACAGGAGAGGACAGAUGGAUGUGCACGCUAAUGAUGCUGCGUGGCUGGAAACUGGAAUACAACGCUUUCUGUGAUAACUCUACGUUCUGCCCAGACACCUUUGAGGAGUUCAUGAAGCAGCGACGCCGGUGGGUCCUGUCCGACAUGGCCAACAUGCUGCUGGUGUUCAAGAAUAUUUUCAAACUCGCACAGAAAAAUGAUAACUUUAGCCUGGCUUAUAUUUUCUAUAUGCUACAGAUGUUCAUAAUAGUUUUGCUGUCUCCUGCCUCUACCAUCGUUAUCUUGGCAGGAGGUCUUGACAUAGUGUACGGCAUUCCUUUUGAGAUCAUUGGACCCGUCUUGGGGUUGCUCGUGCUGCUUUACAGCCUCGUUUGCAUUGUUGGAAGUAUAAAACUGCAGUGCCGCCUAUCCUUAGUUUUGACGUUAAUCCUGGGAUUAAUGAUGUUGUCUAUAGUGGUUGGGGGCUCUGUUUAUGUGGUACAGGAUAUAAAUGAAGAUGUAUCAAGCGGCACCGUAGAAUUCCAAGAAUACUAUCUAAUUCUGCUGCUGAUCGCCAGUCUUGUUUACGCCGCCAUCAUACACCCCAAAGAGUGCCCUCUGCUGGCCCACGGCAUCUCUUAUCUGGUGGGCUUCCCAGCCAUGCAGGUGCUGCUACCUAUCUACGCUAUUUGUAAUAUUGUCGAUCAAAGCUGGGGGACCAGGGAUAAUAAUAAAUCGAAAAAGGUUCGCGUGUCGUGUUUUAACAGAAAAGGGAAGAAAUACCACAAAACUCUCUCCAGGAAAUCGAGAAUUUCGACCACAUCAGGUGCAGCGCCAGUCGGCGGGAUAGAAGAGGUCGUGGAGGUCGAGAGUACGGAUGAAAGCGAGGACGUUGAGGUAGAAUGUACCGCUGAUCACUUCCAUUCCAUGUUGGACGGCAACGAGCAGCAAAUAGAGGAGCACGUGUUCUGGGAGAGAAUGCACGAGAUCGUCUUAGGAAAAGGAGUAAACCUCGGUCUGGACCAAGCUUCACUCGCUUCCGGUUUGCGCAACCUGCGCAACAUCUGUCUGCUGUCUCUGCUCAUCCUCAACGCUUUGUGGUUAGUGUUGCUCAGCGUCUUUUAUUUCAAUGCAAACUUUAACUUGGUUAAGUUGAACGUGUACGGGCUGAUAACUGGGGCUGUAUACGGCCUCGUUCUGGCCGUGCAGGUAGUUGGUAUGACCGUACACCGCGUGGAGGCGCUGUUUACAAGAUACGCGGUUAUCAUAUUUGGACAUGAUAGACCGAUCUGGAUCAACAAGAGAACCGCAUAAUAUGGUUACUGCUUAGACAAGUAUUAGGAAACGAAAAAAAAAUCAAUUGAAAUAAUAUUUUCUUUAUGAUCUAAAGACCGCUUCCAGUUAAAGUUAGAGCAUAUGUCACAGAGGUAGGCUACAAAUAGUUUUGAUUUAGGGGACACACGUUAACAGUUGAAGGUGACUCUGGGACGAAUUUCUAUAUUCGCCAGUCGUCUUCAGGAAGGCAAUCAAGAUGAAAGAAUAAA